AUAAGCGAAUAAACAAUCUAACAACACAGAGUGCAAACCUCAACAAAUACCCACACCCUGUUCUUCUUUUGAACGAUUUCGCUACAUAUAUGUUGGUGGUUUUCUCCGAACUCCAGACGGAAAGGUAGUUGGCUAAUUGUUUUGUAGCAGAUGUUGUAAUAACGAGGAAGUAAACUACAGUCGCUGCCUGUCAUUUCAUAGUUAUCUAUCAUGAACUAGCCUCAUUGUCUUCUACACUACAGCAUCGUGGUCCAAUGAUUUGAAGUGCAUACCCGCAGCGCCAUGUACAGAACAAUGGAGUAUGAGAUAAACGAACUUUCACACCAUGUUGAUGCGAACCACAUACAAGCCUGUACUGACCUUGAGAAGGCCAGCCAAUUCCUCACAGAAGCAUUGCUGAGUGAGACCCAAAGGAGUUCGGCUCUGCGCAGGUUAAUCCACCGUCUGGAACAGCGGGCGGCUGAGAAUGGAAGGAGCCUAUCAGAGCAGGUGGAGUCAAACCGGCAGCUGAAGCUCCAGGUGGAUGAACUACAGAAACAACUGGAGGACAAAGACAACUCACUAACACAAGCCAAACAGAGUAUUUCUAUCUUGAAGAAUGAACUGAGGGAACUGCAGCAACAACAGCAGCAGCAGCAACAGCAACAGAGCCACCAGAGUAGUCACAGGACGAUUCAGGACGUGACCGAGUGGCUACAGGAUGGAGAGAGCCAGACCAUUGUGGCCAGCAUUGUGAAAGAAGAGGAGAGUGUUCUACAGAAUCCAGGUGUUGGAAUCAAGAAAGAAGAAGAUGCUUAUGAUGGAUAUCCAUGUAUGCAAAUAGAAGAAGAUGGCAUCACCACUGAACAGACCAGCUACUCGUCUGCAGACAUCGAAGUCGAACUGCCGCAGGUAGAAGAUGAGAUGUCAGACAUGGCUCCAGUGGACAGCUCUGAGAUGAGCCAAUCAGAGUCUCCAGAUCCAGCCAGGUCUUUGAGAUCAUCAAUGCAGUUGGUGAAACGCAGCACAAGCGCAACACAAGAUCAACAAGCAACAACCAGCAAAGACCACCAAGAUGGAAAACGACCCAAUGCUGGAGGACAGUCACAAAUGCCAUUGUCUACACUCCCCAAAUUCACAGCCGUCCCAGAGACAGACGUGGGUAACGGGAGAAGACACAAGUGUCCCAUCUGUGGCAAGGGAUUCUUCAGAAGGUCAACCAUGAAAAGGCACCAGGAGGCCGUCCACAAAGAAGAAGAUCCCUCAUCUCAUCAUCCUGCAGAUGAAGCUACAGACAUCCCUACAGACCCAGCAAGUGCAGGCCAAGAGGAGUCUCUGUCUGCAAUGUCAUCACACACUGAAGGUCCGGAUUCGGACGUGGAUAACGGGAGAACACACAAGUGCCCCGUCUGUGGCAAGGCUUUCUCCAGAAUGUGGAGCAUGAAAAGGCACCAGGAGGGCGUUCACAAAGAGUUGUCUACACUCCCCAUAUUCACUGCCAUCCCAGAGACAGAGGUGGAUAACGGGAGAACAUAUACGUGCUCUGUCCUUGGACAGGGUUUCCCUAUAAAGAAAGCUUUGAGAGAGCAUGGACAGGGUUUCCCCAUAAAGAAAGCUUUGAGAGAGCACGAGCAGGAUAGUCGCCCAAGGGAAAAGAUCAGCCUUGAACCACAGCCACACACAAGCGCAGAAAGUGGAGAAAAGCUGCACAGCUGUGAAUGUUCUUCUCAGGCAGGUGGCCCCACACAACGCAAGGGCGUUUCUACAGGAGCCAAGCACAGUCGUAAACGUGAACAUUCUUCUCAGGCAGGUGGCCCUUCACAACGCAAGGGCAUUUCUACAGCAGCCAAGCACAGUCGUGAACGUGGUGGUGAAUGUUCUUCCCAGGGAGGUGGCCCUUCACAAUGCAAGGACAUAUCUACAGCAGCCAAGCAAAGUCAUGAUGGUGAAUGUUCUUCUCAGGCAGGUGGCCCCACACAAUGCAAGGACAUAUCUACAGCAGCCAAGCACAGUCGUAAGCGUGGUGAUCAACGUUCUUCUCAGGCAGGUGGCCCCACACAAUGCAAGGACAAUCCUACAGCAUCCAAGCAUAGUCGUAAACGUGGUGGUGAACGUUCUUCCCAGGUAGGUGGCCCCACACAAUGCAAGGGCGUCCCUACAGGAGCCAAGUCCUACCAAUGUGAGCAAUGCGGCAAGAGUUUCUCGAAAGCAAACAAUCUCACCCAACACAAGUACAUUCACAGAGUAGAUAGGCCGUACCGCUGUCAGCUUUGCGGCAAAGGGUUUACCGUGUUGUCAAUCCUCAAAACACACAUGCACAUUCACACCGGGGAGCGCCCGCACCAGUGUCAACAUUGCGGCAAAGCUUUCUCGCAACUCUGUAACCUCACCGCACACGAGCGCAUCCACACGGGAGAGAGGCCGUAUCGCUGCUCCAUCUGUGGCAAAGGCUUUUCCCAGUCUGGGCAGUUGAAGACGCACAUGCACAUCCACGCGGGGGAAAAGCCGUUCAGCUGCGGACAGUGUGGCAAGAGCUUCCUGAGGUCGUCCAAUAUCAUCAAACACCAGCGGGUCCACACGGGAGAGAAGCCGUAUCACUGCACCCUGUGCAGCAAAUUCUUCAGUCAGCAAGAACAUCUUAAAGCUCACAUGUACACGCAUACAGGGGAGAGGCCAUACCCAUGCAAGAUCUGUGGCAAGGCCUUCGCCUCAUAUAGAUCUGUCUCACGACACCAGCUCACUCACAAGUAGAGAGAGGCACUAAGAUCUGUACUGUUUUUACCUCGGCCAAGGAGGUCAUGUUUGCGGUCGCAUUGGUUUGUCUGUUUGUUUGUUUGUUUGUUUGUUUGUCAGCAGGAUAACAAUAAUAUGAACGGAUUUGGAUGAAACUUUUUGGAGUUGUUGGAAAUGACAUAAGGAACAAGUGAUACAUUUUUUGGGUGAUCCGGAACCAAUAUUUUCUUUACCAUUGCUUGAUAGGGCAGAUUUUGACAUUCCAGUUUCUAGACUUUUCAAGAAAGGAAAAUAGGGUGUAACAUAGUCAAAUCUUCUAUCAAACAGGUUCCUUGAAGGAGGUCUGCACUCUCUGAGUGCAUUUCUGGUUUUGUUUAUUUGUCCACAGUUUAGAGGGGACGGCUCAUUGGUCCAUCUUCAAUAUAGUCAAGCGUAGUGGUCGAGUUCUAAAAUCAAAGCAGGGGGAUGGACAGCGAUGGAUUCUGAUUAUUGGGGGUUUGGGUGUUUCUCUCUGAGUCUUUUCAAUCACACUAUUCUUUUUUCAUUGUUUUUUCCCCUUCAGUUUGAAUGCACUGUACCUGUUGCCGUUUCGACUGGGCCUCCUCUGUACAGUCUGAUGUGUGAUUUUGACUGUUGUGGACGAACUUAUUUGUUUGCAAAGUAUGUUCUUUUUGCACUGGCGUUUAUAGCUGGGUGGGCAAAGUGUUGUUGCAUGUUUGUUUGUUUGAUCCUAAACCUUUUUUUUUUAUAUAUUAAGACAAGAUCUGUAAUCGCACCAUAUGAGCUUUGUACUGAAUUUGUUUAAAUAAAAAGAAGUUAUUUACAACAA